AUGAUUCUCAAGGAUGAGGAGCAGCAGAUGAUAUUUAGCCUUUACUUCUCUUCUUCUGCUGUCUUCAUUCUUAUCCUAAACCCUCCUAAGUGGGGGAUUCAAUCCUCGACUUUUCCCCUAGAUUGGCUUCCCUUUUAUCAUCAUCAUCAUCAUCUUAUCUAUCCUCUUGUCUCCAUCUUUGCUGACCGCUCUAGUGUUUUAUACUUUGAUUUAGACUAUAGAUCGUCUGCUGUUGCUUACGAUUCGUCCAAG